AAUACAUAAUUAAAAUAUGCUUAAUACAACAUUAAUCUCCUAUAAUUGUAAGAACGUUAAGAGAUCUAUAGAUGGGGUUAGACAACUAUGCAAGUUUGGGGAUAUCAUUGCGCUUCAGACUUGGUUGCUAGAAUCGGAUCUAGGGUUCCUGACGACUGUGCACGACGACUUCGGCAGCACCUGGACGUCCGCCGUCGACGCGGCCGCCGGAAUACUGCGAGGGAGGCCUCACGGAGGAGUGGCGCUGCUAUGGCGGAAGUCUGUAUUCCAAUGCGUGUCUGUGAUACCGUGUGCUAGUCCCAGAAUUUCUGCAAUACGUGCUACGACCAAUGAUAGGCCUAUUCUAGUUAUUAGUGUUUAUAUGCCUACUGAUAAGUUAGAAAAUAUGAUAGAAUUUAGUGACUGUUUGAGUUCUAUUAGUGCUAUUAUAGACGAUAGUGACGCAGAAUCGGUAUUUAUUCUCGGAGACUUCAAUGCACACCCUGGAGAGCGGUUUCACAAUGAGCUCGUAAACUUUGCCGUGGAGCAGGACUGGGUAUGUGCCGACUUAGACAUAUUGAAGUCCUCGGGAGCAUUUACUUUUGUGAGCGAGGCGCACGGCUGCAGGCGAUGGCUUGAUCAUUGUAUUGUUACGAAAGCCGCAUUACCGUGUGUCACUGAUGUCCAUGUUAAGUAUGAUGUCCUCUGGUCUGACCAUUUUCCGCUCAUAGUUAAGUGUAACCGGGAUUUAAUAACUACGAAAAUAACUGUUAAUAAUUUGGAGCUAAAUAAAAUAAAAUGGAGUGAGAGAAACGAUUACCAAAUAAGCGACUAUCUUAAAAUAUGUACUUCUAAGCUUAAACAGAUCGAUUUUCCAGUCGAGUGUCAAGUUUGCUGUGGGAGUUACUGUGGCAAUAUGUCCCAUAGGCAUUUAAUUGACAAACUUUAUAAGGAGACAAUCGGGAUCCUAUGUCAUGCUGCCGCAGUGACGCACAUAGCUAGCAAGAGUGUGGGGAGGCGCCGGUUGGCUGGCUGGAACAAGCACGUGAGCGAGGCUCACAGGUACGCGAAGCUUAAAUUUGCAAAUUGGGAGUGGCACGGAAAACCUCACACAUGCUCGGUUUACUCCGAAAUGAUAGAGGCUCGUAAAGUUUUUAAAGGAAGACUACAGUGGUGUCAGAAACACCAGGGCCAAAUCAAAAUUGACCGAUUGACGUCGCAUCAUUCUAGCGGUGACUUUGCGAGCUUCUGGAAAGCUACGAACAAACUAAACCCUAGGGGCGGCGUACCUGUGAGUGUUGAUGGUAUUUCUAAUCCCAGGGAAAUAGCAGACUUGUUCAAGCGCAAUUUUACACUUACUUCUCCCUUGGGUCCUGCGUGUAGGGCUUUCGAUGCUGAGUCGCAGAAAGGUGAGUUGUCUGUUUUUAUCUAUGCUAAAGAUAUUUCUAAAGCGAUUAAAAACAUGACAAAAGGUAAGUCACCUGGACACGACGGUUUAAGCAUCGAACACCUGAGGCACGCGGGCCCUCAUCUACCGCGUGUGCUGUCUCUGCUGUUCAACCUGUGCCUUAGCCACUCUUAUCUGCCGCCUGAUUUGUUGGAGACUCGUUCUGCCCGUGGUGCCCGUUAUUAAGAACCGGACAAGUGA